CUACCAUACACGCACAGCUAUAUAGCUGCAUAUCCCUGCUUGAGUUGGUUCAUGCACCGUACUUGCUCAGACUAGUAUAGCAUACCAGGAACGACCACCAUGUUGACGGCAUCCGUGGUCACCCAGUCCGGGCCCAUCCUGCUCGAGACGUUCCUCCGGCACUAUUUCAGCAAAAAGGCUAGCAAGUCGAGCGUCGCUAGGGAAGAGUUGUUGUUCGAUGAAGCGUUCGUACUCGUCAAGACUUUCUUGGAGAUCUCGACAAAACACACAGUGGAAGAUCUCCAGAAAUUCGGUCUGACCAAGACCCCUUCCCCGCCCUGGGUUCUGACGCACCGCGUCCUCAUCCCCCUCAACCCCUCAUGUGUCUCCGCCGCCGAGAUCCUCGUCCGCGCUCUAGGAGGGGCCGAGUUGGCGACCAAGAUGGCGGGUGGGACUAAAUGGUGGAGAGUGCGCAUGCAAGCUGGGGUGGAGGGAGAGUGGAUAGGGAUCAAGAAGGAUUUCAGGAACGAGGAGAUCAGGAGGAAACAGGCCGAAGAUGCGCAAAAGCAGAAGAAGAAGGAUAAGAAGGAUAAAGACAAGGGGAAGCAUAGGUUCGGGUUGGGGCUUCAUAAGAAGGACCACGAGGACGGCAAGGAGAAGCAGGAGCAGGAACCGUCGGAUGAUGGGGUGGAAGGGGAAUUCACUCCGGAGAUGGAUCACUUGCGCUGUAUCUUAUACAUACACGGAGGCGCGGCCUAUUGGGGAAGCGUAAAUACUCACAGAUAUACCAUCUGGAGAUACGCCCGAAAGAUGCGCGGCCGGUGUUUCGCCGUAAACUACAGAAAGGCACCUCAAUUCCCCUGGCCUUGCGCUUUACAAGACUGUCUAGCCGCCUACCUUUACUUGAUCGAUCCGCCAAAGUGUGCGAAACAUCGGCCGGUGGAUCCGAAGAAUCUCAUUAUUGCUGGGGAUAGCGCGGGAGGGAAUUUGGCGUUGUCGCUGCUUCAGGUCAUUCGGGACGCAGGUUUGCCGACACCAGCGGGAGGGUUGUUGAUCUCGCCAUGGUGCGACUUGACGCAUUCUUUCCCGUCUGUGCUCGCAAACACCGCCACGGAUAUCGUCCCGCCAUACGGUUUCAUUCAUCGCCCAUCCACGCUAUGGCCCCCACCUCCUCCAGAGCUUACGGAAACAGUUCAGGAAGGCGUGAGGAGCAAGGUCAAGGAUGCUGUGCAUCGAUUGACCGGUAGUGCCAAGAAAGCCAACGAGUUGGACGAAUCCACACCCGAUCCUGUCAAGAUCGAUUCAGCCACAACCGUGCCCGAUGCUCCUCCUCCCGGCGAAGAUACAACGGCCCGAGGGGAUACUGUUAUCCAGGUCGAUGACUCCAAGGAUGACGGAUCGCACGCAUCGACGCUCUUUCCCGCAACAGAGAAACAUCCGCACCACCAUCCAGGUCCUACAUCAGACAAGAAGGACCGACGACCGUCCAUCAGCGACCCUGCUGCCAACCGGCACGCCAUUUCCCUCGAUGUGGAUGGUCAGCAUAUCAAUAUACGAAGCCAGAUCCAGCUUUAUUGUACGAACGACCAGCUCAGUCAUCCGUACGUCUCGCCUGCUCUGGGGAACCUUGCGGGGCUCCCACCGUUAUUCGUCCUCGCUGGGGACAAGGAGGUACUACGGGACGAGAUCAUCUAUGCGGCACACAAGGCAGCAAACCCAGACCGGUACCCCAUUCGCGACGCUGUCAAGAAGAUGCUCCCGCAACUUGGAGAUCCGGAGAAGAAAUACCCUCCUACUCAAGUUCACUUGCAGGUGUACGAUGGCGCAUGCCACGUCCUCCCCAUGUUUUCAUUCACGGAACCGGCCAAACACUGCUACCGGGCCAUAGCUAGCUGGUGCAAGUUUGCGACGAGCCGGCAUCCAAUGACUAAACAAUCAGCGGAUCUUAGGGCCAAACACGAAGAUGGUCUGCACCCGCAGUUGUCAAUGUCUUCGCUGGACAUCGCUUCUCGUCAGCAGUCUUUCUCGACAGAAGCGACUCCGGAGGCACCUUCAAUCAUGGCCACUCGCACGAGUCGUGGACCACCAGUGCUCGCCCCAAUCGUAAUUCCUGAGCAUGAAGAUGGGGUCGAGCGGAUGUCCACGGUCUCCGGAGUCCCUGGAUCUGCGACAGCCCGAUUCCUUCCAUCCGAGAUGUACAAGACGGCAUCACCGGCCCCGAGCUUACUCCAUCGAGAACAAAGUGAACCUCAGACUCCGGAUCUGACUAGCUGGGAGAUCACCGAUGGAGAGGUUUCCCAACCUAGUACUCCAAUGGGAGACAAGCCAAACGCUUUUGAGGACGAUGACAAGGUUGACCUGCGUGGAGAGAUCAAGGUGCCAAAGAACAUCCCCAAGGGUUUCGCUGGCAACUACGAGAUAUACAAUACAUCGAAUGGAGGUUCGUUCAAAGACAAUAUGAUCCGGGAACGCGUAUCUGUACAUGGAGAAUGCCGGCCUCUUGAGCCACCAGAAGAUCUGCCGGCGUUUUCCAUGCCUCUGGAGGAGAUAGGUGUGAUCAAGGAAGCUCAGGCGGAGCGAUACCUUCGCGGUCAGAAAUUGUGGGACGAAAAGUACGCGAAAUACGCCAGACGAGCCGAGAAGCAUCGGCAAGAAAACCUGCGGAAAGCCGAAUUGGACGGAGCCAAGUUGGAGAAAGAGUUCCGGGAUAAGAUGGAAGCGAAAGUUAACUCUAAUGAACCAGACUCGGAAAGGCAAUACAUCUUUGACAACGAGUUCUCUUGGACUUGGGCUCUUCAAGGAGAACAGCCACCACCAUCCGCGGUUGCUGGGCGGCGAGACACUUCGGAAGCACGCAAGUUGGCGAUGUUUGCGGAUCGUAUGACGGACGAGAAGGUCCAGCUCGGCGGAUUGUCGCUCUGGACAGCCAUGGCUGGACUACUUGCGCCUAAUCAAGCUGCUGCUGGCCCGGGUCAACAGUCCGAUAGCCCCGGUCCGUCAAGAACAGCUUCGACGAGCGGCAAGCCCAGACUCUUUGGGGGUCUUGGCAAAAACAAGGAUUGAACAAAGCGAUCUCGCUGUAUAACGCAGAAUCGCAUGCAUAAUUUGAUACCUUUUGGAGAGACAUGAUACAUCGUAAGGGUUACUGAUACAGCAUAAUCAGGUACUCGGUCAUCGUUAGAUAUCACGCGAUCGUAAGGGAAUCCAUGGGGAGUGUAUUUCGUAUCUGGCCCUGUGUCAGAAGGCUAUCCAGCUAGUCUAUUUCUUGCCAUUCUUGGCCGUGCCCUGCUUCUUCAUCGCUCGAGGCUGAGGGCCCUUCGAGGCGCGGAUGGGCAGAUCAAAGGAUAUGCUCAUCUGUUCGAGACUGUAUAGAGCGGC